AUGUCACCUGGCAGUCCAACCAAUUUACCGUACCCACUGAUGGACAAGGAAAGCAAAGAACGUUACCUCGGCUACUACUUUAACCAGUUUGGUUUGGUACCACACCUUCCAGAGCGUAUUGACAAGGUAAUCAACGAUUUGAUUAGAUGGAAACCUAAACACAACAACAACUAUAGAGGUAAAUUAGCUUUGCUCAAAACAUAUGGUCUGUCACAAUUAAAUUAUUUCACGUACCUUGAAUCACCUAGUCACGAGGCAAUCACCAGAUUGGAAAAGGUUAUUGAUUGGUUCAUGUUCAGCAACGACCGUCAGUACGACCCAACCAAGCCAACCAAAAGAACCAUGUCCAAGAAACGCUCCAUACGAUCGAUCGACCAAGGUGGUCUCAACCUCUGGGACCUCAACGCUAGAUUCCGUGCCCAAAAGGCAUGGAUGUUCGAAAGGUUCCUCCACGAGGUAAAGAACGACCGAGUUGCAAAGGUUUCCUUUGCCCAAUCAUGGAUGGACCAACUCAACCAAGACAAACCAAACGAUUUUGUCCGCCUCUGCCGCAGCGAGUGGGAAAAGCUUACCCAACCCUACGACGUCAGCAGAGAGGCUGUACCCAAGCCAGCAAUGGAACCAGACAAAAGAGGAAGAGUACCUCUCAAACAAGUGUACCUCCAAAGGCUAACCAUAGCCAACGAAAAGUGGAAUGUGUACGACCCGACCCCAGGCCAAAAGAUCUUAGCAACCGACGACAGAGUGUAUCCAAUGAAUGCACUAGCUGCUCUCUCUACCAUCGUACUACCAAAGGGUCGAGAUCUGGUUUGGAAGUAUGUAACCAAAUGUCUCCCGCUCGUCAGGGGUGACCCAGUCGCUUCAAUCUGUGUAUCGUGUGGCAAAGAUGAAUCUUCCAAGCAUUUGUUCUUUCAAUGCAAGGAGACCACACUACCAGUAAAGUUACUGAAAGAGGUUACUGCUGCCAACAACAUUACACCACCAGUUUGGGACAUCACCCUCCUCAACCUCAAACAAACUCCAAUGACUAUAAACUUGGUCGCUGCAACACUAGAACGAAUAUGGUUCCGACGUAAUGAUCUACGUCACCAAAGAGAUGAACCUUUCACUGAACAAUACCUGCGAGCUAGAUUGAUAAGUGAUAUGCGACAUAUUAUAAAAGUAAACUGGGACAAGACGCCAUUGGGCUCGGGGGAAAGAAUGUUACAUAGAAAAGAAAUGCUUUCUCCCUUUAUAAAAGCAUCGAUGUUAAAAAAAACAGAUACAACCAAUCAUCAUGUUUGUAAAUACAUACAACCAUUUAUAUCCAUCACUGCCUAA